UUCAAAUUCCCGAUAUUACCUCAAUGUUGCAUUAUUUGACAGUCAACCGUCCUUGGCUAAUGGCUACCCAGCUGGUCGGGGCUUGCACAAUAACAACUACGAAGCAUUUCCACCUUAGCAUUUUGCAGUUUGUCGGUCACGGCAGGGGCUUGGCAUAAGAUUGAGCCAAUGUCCCUUAGUUCUGCUGACCAGGGUGGUCUUACUCAGGCCGCCCCAUCCACCGAAGACAAGGACCAGUCGAACUGUCCCGAUGAAGUUGUGACUGCAGAGAACACACAUGUGGACCAGGGACUGCCGGCAGGAGAUGAAGCCUCUCCCGGUUCGACUUCAUCCUUUGAGAUGCUCGAUAUGGAGCCUGUCCCACCUCCUUAUCAAAAAGUGCAGCCUCACUGGUUCUUCUACAAACAGGGCGAUGACAAUGUGCUUUGGCUCCCUUUUAGCAGGGAAGACUCAGACAAAUUAGAGAAUGCCGACAAUGCAAGAGGCAACAAUGAGGAGGUGGUGGUGGCCGUGGAGGGCGAGCGUUAUGAUGUGCAUGUCAAGGAGAGGAAGUGCUAUGCCGUGUACUGGGAACAAAAACCUAUUGAGGUUCGCCGCUGCACGUGGUUCUCCAAAGGAGAUAAAGACAUGAGGUUCACGCCAUACUCUGAAGACUUCAGCAACAGUCUGGAGGACGCUUACAUGAUCGCGGUUACUUUAGACGAGUGGAAAAGGAAGCUGGAUUUUCCCACGGGAGAGACAGUCAUUUUACACAAUCCCAAGCUGAUGAUGCAUUAUCAGCCAAUAGGAUUGCAGGAAGACUGGAUCUCCUCGCCAUCUGAGAACACCCGUCCUAGAACAGUCAAACGUGGCAUUAACAACAUCCCUGUAGAAAUUCCUGAUGGUGAACCCGAAAAGGUGGACCACCUUGUGUUUAUGGUCCAUGGUAUCGGUCCUGCAUGUGACCUGCGUUUCAGAUCAAUCAUACAGUGUGUGAACGACUUCCGAAGUGUGUCACUGUCCUUGUUGGCUUCUCAUUAUAAGAAUGCUCAGCUCGAGGGCAAGGUUGGCAAAGUCGAGUUCCUCCCAGUGAACUGGCACAGCGCAUUACAUGGAGGUGCCACUGGUGUGGAUGAGGAUAUCCAUCGGAUCACUCUGCCUAGCAUCAGCAGACUGAGACAUUUCACCAAUGACACGCUGCUAGACUUGUUUUUUUACAAUAGUCCCACCUACUGCCAGACCAUAGUGGACACAGUCGUCUCAGAGAUCAACAGACUGCACACUCUCUUCAAACAGAGACACCCCAAGUUCAAGGGGGAAAUUUCCGUCGUGGGUCAUAGCCUCGGUUCAUUGAUCCUGUUUGACUUGCUAACCAACCAGCUAAAUGGUUCAAAAGAAUCUGCAAAAGAGGAGGUGCUGUCUGAUGACCCAUGUCAUCAGGACCAUGAUACACUAGAGCAGACUCUCACCCGACUGGGACUACAGCAAUACUCAACAAUAUUGAAGGCAGAAAACCUGGAUCUGGAAUCACUGGCUCUUUGCCAGGAAAAAGAUCUCAAAGAUAUUGGAAUUCCACUUGGACCCCGGAAGAAGAUCCUGAAAUAUGUCAAGAGAAAAUACUUUUCAGAGGAUUCCAAAACAGGACGCCUGGCACAAAUGCGACAAGGUUCCCUCUGCUGUGAGGACAAUGGUAACCAGUCUCCGGAAUCGGCAGUGGGAAAGGGCCAGUUCCUCAGAACACAGUCCAUCACCAGCGCUGUAGAUUAUGAAUAUUUCAACAUGGGCAUCGGACAGACCAGUGGAGGCAUAGCCAAGGGACAGGUAUCUGUUGAUUAUCCACAGUUGGCGUUCCAGCCUCAGACCUUUUUUGCGUUUGGAUCCCCGAUUGGCAUGUUCCUAACAGUCCGUGGACUUAAACGAAUUGACCUCAACUACAGCUUCCCAACCUGCAAGAGCUUUUAUAACAUCUACCACCCGUUUGAUCCUGUAGCUUACCGGAUUGAACCCAUGAUUAUUUCAGAAGCUGAGUUUGAGCCCAUGCUCAUUCCACACCACAAAGGCCGCAAGAGGAUGCACUUGGAACUGAAGGACAGCUUGGCCCGCAUGAGCAUAGAUUUGAAAAAUAAUCUAUUGGGAUCGAUAAGGACAGCUUGGAAGUCAUUUUCCAGACCGUCUGUUGCUGCACUGCCCCCAAUAGAUGAAGGGGUAACUACAACAGAUGGAAAACUUCAGGAAACGCAAGCGUUGGCUCCAGUUUGCGCCUCUGCUCAGAGGGAAGAACAAAGAGGUGACUUUUGGACUAAAAUAUUGGAGUGGCCCAGGGCCCUUCAUAGGCAUUACUUCCAAGGUGAGAACGAGGAUGUGGAAUCGUCAAGCUCAGCAGAGCAGCCGCAGCAGGCAGAGCACGCAGAAAUAAAAAUGGGAAUGUUGAAUGGAGGGCGACGGAUCGACUAUGUGCUUCAGGAAAAACCCAUCGAGAGCUUCAACGAAUAUUUGUUUGCCAUUCAGUCUCACCUUUGCUAUUGGGAAUCCGAGGAUACCGCUCUGUUGCUGCUGAAGGAGAUUUACGACAAACUGGAUGUGACAUUAGAAUAGAUUUAACCGUAAAUUGAUUUUGCGUAAUAAAAUCCACUUCAGGGACCUGAGAGUUUGUUCAAGAAGGACACUUAACAGAUAUCUUCCUCGAGAAUGCCUUCUGGUCAGGUGAUCUCUGGUUAGAGAUGUCAGUUAAAUUUUCAGUCACCGCCCAAGUGGUGUUGGUGUCCAACUCUUAUCAUGCUAUGUGUUGCACUUUUUUUGUGCGUUUCCUUACCUCCUUGCACUUGGAUUGCUAUCAGCAUAUCUCACACACAACCGUAACUAGAUAUUGUGGACGGUUUUACAUUAUGACCAAGAGAUCAUUUAAAAAAAAAAAAAAAGAACGUGUUGAAACAUUCAAACACAAUUUAUAAUAGAAAGUGUUCAAGGGAACGCUCCUUCGUAUUAUUUUGUUUUGGUUGACUGAAUUAUUAUUUUUGUAUAGUCAGCAAAGUGAAGUGUUUGCUGUGUUCCAAAAUUUGCUUGCUGCCCAUCCAAAGAAACCAAAAGCUGCUGCUGCUGCUACGAUGUAUAAUUUUGGAAAAUUUUUAUUCUUUUACUUAGCAAUCAAUCCUUAAUCUAUCCAUUUCAAAUUUUUGCUCUUAAGAUAUAAUACUGUCGACUAUCAAGAUGGGAAGAUGUUUGCACAGCUCGAUUUGAUCAUGUGAAGGACCAAAUUCUGCACUCUUGUGUAUCAAGCAAGGGAUUAUACACCAUUAAGAGUUUGCCUUGAUAUCUCAUGUACAGUAGUUCUGCUAUGUUUGAUUAUCUCAACAUUCGACUGCAGUUUAUGCAGGUAUGUGCUGAAGUAGCAUAGUUGCCAUUUUGUCAUAUUCAGAGCUUAAUCAAAACCUAAAAACAAUCUAAGGUAACUCAAGUUUGUAUUCAUAUUCAGCAGUCCUUGUUCACCUUCUCGCAACUAAAUUGUUUACUAGACUCUGACGUUUUUAACUAGUUAAAGGUGUAUCUCAAGCAUGUGCAUCUGACAUUUACACUCUCCAAAGAAGCACUGAACAUGUUUUUUGUUUUAUCGUAUACUUGACAUCUCUGCUUUUGCAAUGCACCCUUGACAAGUAUGUUGAUGCGCACAAUAGUGACUCUUUAUACCUAUUUUGUGUGCCAUAAUAAAACAAUGGCUUCUAUUCCA